AUGGUGGAUCUGCAAGAAAAGUUUAUAAAGAGAGUGUAAAGCCCCUCCACACCUCAGCGAGUAAGUGAGAAAGCGUACAGCGCUUUUUAAUGUUAGAAAGUUCUUAAAGUUAGAAAGAAUGUAACGCUGGGGGCAGAGCCCACUGCGGUGGGACCUCCCUCACUAAACCGCCGGGAUAUAUCCGCUUCCUCGAAAGGACCGAGCGCCUUGCAGCUGCUCCGGCGGCACAGGAUAGCCAUGAGCACGGGGAAGAUCUGCUGCCUGCUGCUGCUGACCCUGGGAGUGCUGGCGGUGGCCGUGACUCUUGUGGUCAUGCUGACCCAGCCCAGGUGCGGUGCCCAGCAGUACCUGCACGGCGCCGUGGCUGCUGACACCGAGAGCUGCUCCCUCAUCGGCCGGGACAUCCUGAAAAGUGGAGGCACAGCUGUGGAUGCUGCCAUUGCUGGCUUGAUCUGCACUUCAGUGAUGAACCCUCAGAGUUCGGGCCUGGGUGGGGGUGUCGUAUUUACCAUCUAUAAUGCCAGCACAGGAACAGUCGAGGUGAUCAACGCCCGUGAGACGGUCCCACGAAUGUUUUCUCCCAAGUUAUUGUCUGGCUGUGGGGCUGGUUUCCCCAUUGGUCCCCUCUGGAUUGGCGUGCCUGGAGAACUCCGUGGCUAUGAGGAAGCCCACAGGCGACACGGCCGCCUACCAUGGAAAGCCCUGUUUGAACCAACCAUCAAGCUGCUGUCAGAGCCACUGGUCAUUUCCCCAGUUCUGCACAAAAUUCUCCAUCACCCAGCCUUCUCUGCUCCGGGGAAAAGCCUGUGCCCACUGCUAUGUGAUGGUCAAAGAUUUCUGAAGGGUGGUGAGACCUUCCGGUGGCGAGCGCUGCAGCAAACUCUGCAAGCUGUAGCAGAACACGGAGCUGCAGCUUUCUAUGAGGGAGAGAUAGGAAGGGCCCUGGUGGAGGACGUCAGGAAGGCUGGGUCCAGUCUCUCACUGGAGGACCUUCGGGCAUACAAAGCAGAGGUGUCCUCAGCUCUGAACAUCACCCUGAACAACCACACCACAGUGUUUGCUCCAGGACCACCCAUGGGAGGUGCAGUGCUCAUGUUCAUCCUCAAGGUAUUGGAAGAGUUUAAAUUCCAUAAAGCAUCACUGGCAACACCUGAGGAGAAGGUAGAAACCUACCACUACAUUGCAGAGGCCCUGAAGUUUGGCAACAUGCUAAGACCCCACAUGAGUGACCCAGCCUUCUCCGAAGCUCAGGUGCCUGUGGGGACCCUGCUGUCUGAGCAGUUUGCUGAGUUGGCGAGGCAGCGGAUAGAUGCCCGUGGUGACCACCCACUCAGCCACUACAGCCUGCUGGAGUCCCUCUACAGUGACAAACACAAAAGUAUGGGCACGAGCCACAUCUCCGUGCUCGCUGCCGACGGCAGCGCCGUGUCUGCCACCAGCACCAUCAACUACCCGUUUGGCUCCUUUGUGUAUUCUAACCAAACUGGGAUAAUUUUAAAUAAUGAACUUGCUGACUUCUGCAUAGCAAACAGAAGCAUUAAACCAGGAGAGAAGCCUCCCUCAGCAAUGGUGCCUUCCAUCCUCAUCUCCAAGUCAGGAGACAUGCUGGUGAUUGGAGGAGCUGGGGGGGGCUGGAUUAUCAGUGCUACCACCAUGGCAAUUAUAAACAAGCUGUGGUUUGGCUAUGACUUGGAACACGCUAUUUCAGCUCCUGUCAUGCACACCCAGGGUGACAGUGUCCUGUUUGAGGAGUCUUUUAGCGAGGAGGUUAGGACUGGCCUGCUGGGAAGAGGACAUAAAGAAAAGAAAGACAAAUUUGCAAUGAAUGUUGUACAGGGAAUUUCCAAGGAAGGAAAAUGCAUCUCUGCUUACUCUGAUAAAAGGAAGCUGGGGAAGUCAGCUGGAUAUUAGCAUGAAAUGUCAUCACAAUUCACAAAACCACAGGAGAUUCAGAACAUGCUUUGCUUGGAUGUGCCCAAAAUUUCCUGCUCCCAUCAGGAUGUCUCCUGGAGCAUGGGCACAGUCUGUGAUUACAUCUAAUUCCAGCAGGUCGCCCUCAGGCAAUACAAGGAGAGCUCAGCCAACCUUGUUUAGAGCUACACCUUUCAUUACUUAUGUGAUACACAGAGAACAUAUUUCUUGAGCACAUCAGUUACUCAGAAUGAGAGAAUACAAAGUGUGAAAGGAAAAUUGGUCCAAACCCCACUGAGAACACUGUGAAAUGGCCCAGCUGCAUCUUCCAUUCCUAGUGGAGUCCCAGUUUCUUUCAGGCUGUUCCACACUAAGCUUUUUGCUGGGGCUCAGCAAUGUGAAAUACAUUACUAUCUUAGCUAUGAACAAAGAAGCAUCUGUAGGGUCAGGAUUUUAAAAUCUGGAGCAUUCAGGCUUAGAGUGUGGGUUUGGAAAGGGAAGAGAUCAAAAUUCUACACUCUCCCUCUGUUUUCCCACCCAAAGAAGCUCAGCUUUUCCCCGAGGUGGCAGAUGAAAUCACACCACGGCACAAGUGCUGCCCUGCCUGCUGCUCUCUGCCUCGGGGGUCCAAAGGACCCCACAGGCUCAGGGUAACUGCCCCAACACUUCCUCCAGCCCUGCUCAUGGUGCCUCUGGAAUAGCCUCCCAUGGGGGCAUGUGAUUUCCCUGCUCCUGGGACAAACAGGCUUCAGCUGAGCUGGAGGUGCCUCUCCCUGUGGCGAGAUGGGUCCCAGCCUGUGCCAGUUCUCUCUCCUCAACACUGGUACAUCAGUCUUAGGGAAGGCAGGUCAGGAAGGCAGUGGAAAUGUUGUUUUGUGGAAACUUUGGAACUUUCUUCAAAUUGCAAAGUAUACGUGUCAGGAGAUGUCGUUUGUAGCCCUGAGUUCAGCUGGGCCAGGCAAACACCAGGACUGCUGAGAAGUGAGGCAGCACCAUCAGGCAUGAGCAGAAUUCUCCCAUUCUCUCCAAAUCCCUGUUUACCACAGCUAAUCUCUAGUGUUCCCUUUAGACCACCAGGAGGGCAUUACAGGACUCUAAGAACUAUGACAGAAAGAGAAAACCUUUGGAGAGGAGACCUGAAGGUGAAAGAUUCUGGAUUUUGCACCUAGAUGCAAAAGGUCUUUGCAGUUAAUCCACAAUCUUGCCCUGCUCAAAAUGACCAAGAGAAUCAAACAUUUAAGAAAGUAAAACCUAAAACCCAAAAAACCCCCAAAGUUCUUUAAAUAUGCAGGGUCAAAUUCCCAGAAUGCUUCAAAAUUCCAUUUUCUGAAAGCUUCUGAACCUGACUUCCCUAUGGGCACAGUGUUGUGUGUGUGUCUGAAAGAAAGCAGAGCCAGGCACUAGCAGAGCCCUCCUCCUCACACAUAGAGUCCAUGGGACUCCUAGCUCUCCAACAAAAAGAAUCCUUCUGUAAACAUUAUAACAGGCACAUACUAUUAAAAAGCACAAAUUAAAACAAGGCCAGCUAGAUUUAAUGCCAAAUGUUUUUACUCACAAAGCCUGUCCAACAAAGCCAUCAAUGUACUGAAAUCUCAGCCUUCACUUGCAUUUUAGUGAUGGUCCAAGUGCAGCUGACCAGAGCCAGACAUGUGUUUUCCUUCAGAAGUUGUGCACCAAGGACUGUAGCAUGGCCCCUGCUGUGUCAGUGAAUGACUGCUGAGUUACCAGAUCAUAACUGCAAGCACUUGAUCAUGCAGCUGGAAAUCAAGUAACUCAUGGAUGGAGCCAGCUCCAUGCACUGCCCUGCUCCCUCCUUGUCCAAGUGGAAUUCAUCUGAAAUCCCCCAGUUCAGGAAGAACUGCUGCUUUCCCCAGCAGAGCUUCUCACUCACACCUGGAAGUGGCUCAGCACCCUCUGAGGCAGCACCACAGCGCUGGUGAAUGGGAAAGGAGACAGCCCCAAAAGCUGACAAGGGGCAGUUUUUAUGUUCAUGUGGAAGGAAUUACAUUGACUAUGACUACCAAAGAAACCAAACCUAUCUAAUUUGCUGGAGUUUUCUACAUGGAUUAACUCCCUUGCCCCAGGGAGCAGUUCCUGGGUGCAUCAGUUGUGGUGUCAGAAACACCACCCGGCAGAGCUGUGCAGGGGAAACACUGACAGGUGCCAGACACCAUCUGCAGCUCCCACUGCAGCUCCAGACACACCAACCAGACCGGAUGCUGGCUCUGGCAAGAUCCAUAGUUAUUUCCAGCUAACCCCACUGAGCCGAGAGUUUGCAAUGAGCAACUGAGAGUGGCACUGGCUGGAGACAGGGAGAGCACUCCUGGCUUCCCUAUUAGGUUUCAGGGCCAUCUUCAGCAGUGCUCUGGUCCCUCUCCAUCAUGUUUCACUACAGAAAACCCAAGUCACCAAGUAACUGAGCCUUUCAUUACCUUUUGCUUCUGACACACCUUAGGGUGAAGCACCCUGCAGUACUCCAGCCUAUCACCUUUCCAGUGCAGUAGUAUCACAGCUACUUCCCACCACAAAGGCACAGGAAUAUUAUCUUUAGUCCAGUACUCACUGCAGUUUAACUGCUUUGCUAUUAACUUUGCAAGUCAGCCAGUGAAGCAGUUUAAAAACUCAUCAUAGAUUUAAUUUGCAAGACAGAAGGAAAUGGGAGUGCAGAUCUCUCAGUGUGGCAGAGACUUCCAGUCCUGCAGUCCUUCCAGCAGAAUACCUGGUGAAGCUGAGAUUGUACCUGCUUUGGCACCUCUGCUCUUGCCCGGCCACCUCCUCACUGCUGCUGAAAUCUGCUUGGGUCAAGAGCCUCUCAGUUUGGUCUCUCCACAUUCCUGCUCCUCCCAACAAGAGAGCAUUAUUUUUGUACUGAAAUCAACUUACAUGGACUUUUAAAGCAUCACUGUACAGAGGCUGCUCUGUUUUCUAAUGAAGUCUUUAAGUUAUACUUUAAUAAAAUGUUUUUAGACCUGAGUGGGAUUUUCUCUGCUAAACCUGUUGCCUAUCCCAUCACACAAGCACAGAGGACUCCAUGCAGGUGUUUCCAGCAGUAACAGUUGUUCAUUCUGGAGCCUCAUAUGCUGCUGGAGAAGCUGAGCAAUGGUGCAGCUCCUGCCACUUGUCUCUCACAGCUGAGUUUUGUUCCCUUGAAGAGGCUGGAUGGUUGCCAAAAGAAAAUUGUGGUCAUGUCAGACUGAAGAAUAGGGGCAAGAGGUGAACCCUCCAGCUCAUGACCUGAAUUGCCUUUUAAUGGUACAGCUUCCUUUCCAUCAGCUGGAAUCAGCCAUGGAAUGUGUCCUGUUCUCCAUGCCCUGCACGGGGCAGGCAGCCCACACCAGCACACUGUGUGCACCAGGAGCAGAGCCACGUGCUCCCACUCAAAAGGUGGGACAUGGAAUGACGAGGGACCUCAGAGACCAUCUUGUUCUGACCCCCUGUCAUGGGCAGAGAUGUCACUCACUAGACCCAAGCUGUCCUUGAACAUUUCCAGGCAUGGGGCAGCCACGGUUCCUCUGGGUAACCUCUGCCAGGGCCUCACUGCUGUCACAGUCAAGAAUAUCAUCUUAACAUGUAACCUAAAUGUUCCCUCUUUCAGUUUAAAGCUAUUUCCUCUUGUCCUAUCCAGAAGACUUUUCCCUGCAGCUGAAACAUCCCAUCAGCUGAGCAGCCUGGAGGGUACAGCAGGAGGUUUUACAGCAGGAACCACUGACUGACAUCUGGCUGUUGAUGCACAGACAGCCCCAGCGUUGGGUGAGCAGUGGGAUGUGGUAUCCAAGCAGGUGGUAGAAGUGCCUGUCAGUGUACAGAUAUGUCCAAAUGAGAUACAAAUAAUUACAGCUUGCAGAAAUAUCCAUAGCUUUUUAAAAAAAAGUAGGAUGUAAGUGCAAGCUGUAGCCCUGUUUACCAAAUCAUUCCUCUGCAGUGAUACCACUAAAAAAACAACCAGACAUAUAAACUUCUGCAGAAUCAAGAAUUCAAAUGCAUUUAUAUAAGAACAGUUGUAACUAGGAGUGUUUUAAGCUUUCCACAGGGGAAGCUUUUUAACACAGGUUAUAAAUAAUAGGGGAAUUUUCUGACUAGCAAGUAGAAAUUCAGGGACAUCAGAACAACUGCUGCACCAUGAACUGUUAGAGGCAGCCCAGCAGCAGCCACUCACACCUGUGAGGCAAUCAGGAUUGUCCAACAGGCCUUUCCCAGAAAUCAGUUUCCAAUUUUGGACUCACUGUAGUGGUUGUAAGAUUCCAAUAAGCUUAUUUUGCUGUGCAGCAAUUUUCUUUAUUUCCCAGGUGGCACCUAGCCAAGAAAGAACUCUGCUAGUCCCAAUUCCAAAGGCAGUCUGACACUGAGGACAUCAGCAGUGGAAUUACAAGAAGUGGAAAAGUGGAAGUCUCAGUUCAGCAAUAAGAGGACAUAGACUUGGCCCCAAACUGGUCUCUUGAGGGAACAAGAGGGAACACAGUGACUUAGAGGUCAUUUACAAUCUCUGCCUUUGCUGCACCUAAUGCAGCACCACCAGUAAGAGCUCGGGAAAAGGAGCCAGACCACACUCAGGGCACGUUUGGUAAAAGCCACUCAUUUGGGUCAAAUGAUAUAAGCAAAUAUGUAUGUUAAGGUCAAAACUCUGACUGAUUUAAACAUCAUCUAGCUGUCACUUUAUUCUGUGAAACUGGGCUUUCCUCAAUUCCAGACACUUCUAGGAAAGAGGUUGCAUGAUGCCUAAAACUUCAGCCUUUCAUUUUCUCUUCUGUAUUUUAAGGUUCUUACAAACUGACAGGAAGUUUCAACAAGCUGAAUAGAUGAGUUAACUUACUGCCACUUGUGUAUCCACAAUUUCAAAAACACCACUAGAGCGUGACAAAAUCCUGGAUCAUUUGGUUUUGAUCCUGGGCUAAGUGAUAUAUUGAUCCAUGACGGUAGGUGAACACCAAACCCCCUCAUGCAGGUACAAACACUCUCAGCUGCUCCAUAUCAGACAGGGAUUUCUGAGAGCUCCUUAACAGUCUGGUUAAUGGUAACUUACCUUUAAACAAGAGUAGCUGCAGCAUACCCUUUUGUAGAAGUUUCAUUUCCCCAAACUCUGAUAUUUCACGCCUGCAGUACGACAUGAAAAAAAGCGAAGUGGAGAAAAA